AUGCAACCUAAAGGAGCAGCAGAUAUCACCAGGGGCAAAAAUGGAACGAAAAAUAGAGGUGAGUACAGCAAGACGUCCGGUGGCUUGGUCCGUCAAGGGUUCACAGCACCUACAGCAACUGAAGAGGAAGAUGAGACCAAACAAAUCGCAGCCUUUUUUGAAGGCCAGGUGAGAGGCCCCCUCAAGAAGAAGAAGGGAGAUUAUGACUGCAGCCGCUGCAGUCAACCUGGUCAUAAUGUUCGAAGCUGCACCGCACCACUUGGAGAUGUAGAAGAAGCCGGGGUGGGCAUUGUACCCGGUGACUAUGUGGUCGGCGACUGUCCAUUCUCGCUGUUAGGAAAGCGGGCAGAAUAUGAGCGAGAGAUGCACCUGUAA